GUCCGCCAUGAACGAGCGCAGCUUCGCGGCGGGCGAGCGGCUAGUGCCGGGAGCUUACUUGCGGCAGGGCCGCGAGGCCCGCCGAGCCCACGAGCACCUCCUGCGAUUGCUGCUGGAGAAGGGUAAGUGUCCCGAAGAUGGCUGGGAUGAAAGCACUAUUGAACUGUUUCUCCAUGAACUUGCCAUUAUGGACAGUAACAAUUUUCUAGGCAACUGUGGGGUCGGCGAAAGGGAAGGCCGAGUAGUAUCUGGAUUAGUUGCUCGUCGGCAUUUUCGGUUAAUUCAUGGCAUUGGUAGAUCCGGUGAUAUUGCUGCUGUGCAACCCAAAGCUGCAGGUUCUAGCCUUUUGAACAAAAUUACCAACUCAGUAGUACUAAAUAUCUUAAAACAUGCUGGUGUCCGUUCAGUAGCCAGCUGCUUUGUUGUUCCUAUGGCCACCGGCAUGAGCCUAACCCUCUGUUUUUUAACACUGCGGCACCAGAGACCAAAGGCAAAAUACAUUAUUUGGCCACGGAUUGACCAGAAAUCAUGCUUUAAAUCUAUGAUUGCUGCAGGUUUCGAGCCCGUGGUAAUAGAGAACGAAUUAGAAGGCGAUGAACUGCGAACAGACCUGAAGGCAGUGGAGACUAAAAUCCAAGAGCUUGGAGCAGAGAACGUUCUGUGUCUUCAUUCAACCACAUCCUGUUUUGCUCCAAGAGUGCCUGAUAGAUUGGAGGAAUUAGCAGUGAUCUGUGCUAAUUAUGACAUUCCACAUAUAGUCAACAAUGCAUAUGGAGUGCAGUCUUCAAAGUGUAUGCAUCUCAUCCAACAAGGUGCUCGAGUCGGUAGAAUAGAUGCUUUCGUUCAAAGCCUGGACAAAAAUUUUAUGGUUCCAGUAGGUGGUGCCAUCAUUGCUGGCUUUAGCGAUGCCUUCAUUCAGGAAAUCAGCAAGAUGUAUCCCGGAAGAGCUUCAGCUUCACCUUCCUUGGAUGUUUUUAUUACCUUACUGUCACUUGGGUUAAGAGGCUAUAACAGACUGUUAAAAGAAAGAAAGGAAAUGUUUUCAUAUCUGUCAAGAGAACUGAAGAAGCUUUCAGAAGUCUACCAUGAGAGGCUGUUGAAUACCCCUCAUAAUCCUAUAUCUUUAGCUAUGUCCCUACAGACAUUGGGAUCUCACAGUGACACGGCGGUCACCCAGCUUGGCUCUAUGCUUUUUACCAGGCAGGUUUCAGGAGCCAGGGUUGUCCCACUCGGGUCUGUGCAAACAGUAAACGGCUACACUUUCAAAGGUUUCAUGUCGCAUUCAAGUAACUAUCCUUGUGCUUACCUCAAUGUUGCAUCAGCAAUCGGAAUGUCAAAGCGGGAUGUCGACUUGUUCCUCAAAAGACUUGACAAGUGUUUCAAGGCCUUUAGCAAGGAAAAAAGUGAAGAGAACAAUGACCCUGAAGUUAAAGUUAAUGAAGCUACAGAUGAGAAUCUGGAAGAGGUGGUCCUAAAAGUGGGUAACGUAGACCGUGGCAGACACCAGGAUGCGUCAUCUUAAUAUGUACAGUAUUUCUUUCUGUGGCAAAAAAGAGCAGAGAGUAAUAUAUUGUCUCAUUUAAAGUGGAAACAAAAUGAAGAAUUUUGAAUUAAGAAUUGCCUUGAAUUAUGUUCAAGGGAUGGAUUUGGAUCAGCAAAUGAUGAUUUACACUUUGGUUUCUGAAUUAUUUGGUAAUUUUCCCUAAUGCUUAUGAUCCUCAAAACAGAGUGGAAAUUCUCAAUAUUUUUCUAAUUAUUUGAAAAGUAUUCAGCUAUGCACACUGAUUGUAAUAGUCCUUCUAAUGACUAUAAAAUUGCCUAUGGUUCUCUUGGAAAUUUCAGCUGCUUUCUCCCUGACCACCCUCCAUCACUCACCCACCAUGCAUGUGCUGGGGAAAGUUCUAAAUUGGGACGGUGCACAGUCACUAGCAGAUUACCUGCAUUUACUGAAAAGUGGACAGAACGUCCACAUGAGAAAAAUGGGAAUGAAUUGUUUUGUUUCCAAAGUAAUGAGACUUUCCCCAAGAGGGAUUUUUUUUUUUUUUGAGAGGGUGGGGUGUGGGAGUGCUGGGAUUAAUUUAUCAUGGUUCAGUUGCCCGCCUAAGGAAGCUUUAACCUGGAAUGGCACUGGGGCAAUCUAGUAUGCUAGCCCCUUCCUGAACAUUCCUCAGGAUCUUUCCCAGGGAGAAACUCUUUUGCAUGAGAUGUCAAAUACUUACCUGCUAAUAAAUAAUAAUACGGUUUUCUAUAGCAAUUUUAUUCUCAAAGUGCCCGCCCAUUAAUUAGUUAAUCGCCUGCUGACAUCCAUGGGAACGCAACCAAUUGCAGGGAAGAAUUUGGAUAGGAGGAGGGGGCUAGAGGAAGUUAGGAGAAAACUCCAAAAAGGGGUGUCCAUGCUGGGCAAUCUGAAGGGAACAGGUGUGGGAAAUUGGCAUUUGUCAGGAAGAUUGCGGGUCAGCAGAGUGAAAUUCCCUGAAAACUCCCACAAAAGAGCUGCCGAGGGAAGCAUAGACGGCGGUGGGUUCGGAGGGGAAGUUCCCUUGCGUUUAAGAUAGAAAUAGGUACGAGGUCAGGGAAAGGGAGUUGUUUCUGGAGUUAGUUUAAGAUUUUGUGCAACUACCAUUACUGUUUGAAACCUUGAACGGGGCGAGUAUUGGGAUCUGUUUGGAGCCAAAGAGUGUGCCAACGUGAUUUGUACCGAUGGAACCUCCUCUUCGCUCUUAUAUCCCGCCGAACCCCAGCAGCCAGCCCUCACAGGGCAGCGAUGGCCAGCUGAUAGCCAGGGGCUUCCUGUGCCUUCUGGGCGUGCCAAACCCGGGUCAGUCGGCGGUGGCAGCGGCCUGCCAGAACAGUCACGGAGUGCUUUUGCUUGGAGACCACCGACUCCCUAUCCUGGUAGAAAUUUGCCGGCGGCCCCAGAACCCAGUGCCAUCAUGGAGCAUCCAUCCUCAGCAGCGCCAGAGAUAUGUCAAGUGACUACGAUUGUCAGCCUUCCCCGAGAAACCGCAGAUCCCAAAUCAUCGAAACUAAGUUCACGAAGCAGCCGUCCCUACUCCUCUUUUGAGACAAUUCCCACUAAUUGCAAUCCGCUCAAUCACUCCUUUUGCCGAAGUGACACAGUCCACAGCUUCUUUUCAACUAGCCAGGAUCAAGACUCUCUUUUCCUCCGGGGUUUUGGGACUCCUCCAACAGCCACAUUGGGAAAAUAUUGCAAAAUAAAAAUAGAAAUCUGAAAUUCCUGACUGAAUGCUCAUGAACUUUGUAUCAAUUCAGAAAUUGUGAAAACCCAAGGUUUUACAAAGCUCCUACAAUCAUCAGAAGCUUGGUUGUUAAUGAAUAGUUUAUUAGGAAUUGUGCAUAAUUACCAAGUUAUACAUUUUAAUCACACAUUUGAAUGAUUCGGUGUACUUAAAGCAGGCUCCAAUAAGAUUAUGGCAUUUUUAAAAAGCAGUAAAUCUCAUUCCAAACAAACAAAUGAGCUCUUGAUUCAGGAACAAAAAAUGCUAUAGUCAGUCCCAUGUUUGUUUUAUACUCUGUAUUACCGAAACGGUUGCAAGGAAUGGUGCACAAACAGAGUCUACCAGAUGCGGCAACAUCUCUCGAGUUUAAAAUAGGAAAUUAAGUAACGUCGCAAAUGUACAUGCUGACAUCACAACGUAAUAUACACGUAAGCCAAAAUGGUUUUAUAGGAAAAGCGAUCCGUAUUGUGGGAUCAUCAUUUACUUCAAAAAAGUCCGGAGCCCAGAGACUUAACAAAUGCUGUCAUCUGCGUUGUAUCAGCAGUUCUUGGUCUUCUGCUGCUGAACAGAUAAUACUUCUAAUUGAAGAUGGAUUACGUGAACCCACAUGUGAAUGAUAGAUACGAUGCAACGUUAUGCCCGUGGUGCGUGGGGUUUGAGCUGCUCUUCAUAUUAUUCAUUUGGGUUUGAUUUUUAAACACAAAUGUCAGAGGAGUUGGAUUUCUGGCUAAAAUGUUGGCCAUCUUAAAAUUUGGCCUCAAGGCCAGAGCAAUAUGAGUGGAUUUGUGUGACCUUUGUGUGCCCAGACACACCCCAUCCAUUAGAUGGUGAACAUGCAGCUCUAUUUUCUGUGUAAAAUUAGAAAUGAAAAAUUGGUUUGUCCAGUUGGGACUUUUGUGAGUCAGCAUUGGGGAUGAAGGGGCGGUAGAGGAUAUUUCUCCCAAUCCCAAACAGGAAGGCCUUUGGCAUCAUGGCUUGUGUCAUUGCGUAGGUAACUUCCUGGGUAAAGAUGGUAAAAAGGGUGUGAUCGAAUGGCCUUGGAAAGAAAAUUGAAUUUAGAUCAAAUGUUCUUGAGGUUGACGGUGGAUGUCCUUUUCGUUAGAAACCUAUGGAAGAUCAGUCAGUCGGGAGGACCCUACUGAGUGUAGUACACCGUACUAACGGCUUGUGAGAGGAGAGUCAAGGUCAAAGAUGUGAUAUCUGCCUUCAAGGAGCUUGCAUUCUAGUAAGGUCUUCCUUCUCGGGUUUUGCCGGGAGGAGGACGGAUGAUGUUCUCCCCACCCCUGAGGUUGUGAGCAAACCAUGACUUGUUUCAGAUCUAAAUACCAUUCAGGGAUGCGGCGGGCAGCUCACGUCAGGCAUUAUAGCUGCACCGUAGGUUACUGAAGGAGGUGAAAGGAAGAAGUUUUCUGUGGCACUAGAGAGCAAAUUAUUGUGCCCUUUGGACAGUAAACUCACUAGCAUUUAUGGGCCAGAAUACAGUACUGUUAUGGAAGUCCAGUUUCCUAUACUGCAACUUAUUUCACUUGACUUAACUCUUGCUUUAGCAAUUUAGAGAAGACAUUAAAUGGGAAUUAAUAUCCACCCCAGGGCCAUUCAGAUAGUCCCUGUAAUCUGAAAGUGAAUAUCGAUCGGUGGCAAGUGUGGUGAAUUAUAAUGUUCACGAACCUCUUGACUGGCCUUGAAACUUUGACAAUUUUCUGUGGUCCGUUUUAUUUACUGUGCACAAGCAUGGUGCCAUCUCACUUCUGAAUGGCUGGGAAACUCAAGAAAUACUUGUUUUAUCAGCACACAAGAUAGGGAGUGAGUUGUGGCUUCCCGUUCAAACACAUAUCUCCAAAACAUUUAACCCUUAAAAAGCCAGCUGGAUUUUAAGGUGGCUGUGGAAUUUGCAACACAGAUAUUUUUCUUCACCCUCCUUCUAUCCUCCUAUCCCCUUAAGACUUUGGUAAUGUCUCAUUUUUCUCUAAAUGAGAUAUUUUAAAAUUCAGGUCUUCAGGAGCACUGAGGUUAAUGUAGUGUUAAGAUUUUUUUCUUAAAUUUCAACACUCUUAUUUUCACACACUUUUUUUUAAUUUUUAAAUUACCCUGGCCUCUAAUCUGCCACAUUGCACUUGGUUUGGAAAGAAUAUACAAUUCUGUGUGAUACACUCACCUAAAACUGAUCAGCUCGUUCUUUUGUGCCUUAACUUUCCUUUCCUGCUCUGUUUGGUUUCUUGUAGUGCAUUUGUAAAAUGACCAAGAGAUCUCAGACAAAUGAGUAUAUUUUUGUAAUUCUUCACUUAACAUAUAUAAAUAAUGUUUGUUUAAUCUCAGGUGAGAAUUUGGGGGAUGUUUGUACCUCUUAUUUUUAGCAGUUUGUGUCAGGUUUAAUGUUAACUGAAAUGUGGAAAGAGAUAUUAUAUGUGUAUGUGUAUGUGUGUGUGUGUGUGUGUUUUGUCCACUAAAAUCCGAAAAUAUGCCAGAGCCUGGCUUGAGAGCUGCUUACACACUACUUAUUUUACCAAAAUAAAAUUUGACACCCCCCAGAUUUUCUUUGAAUGUUGUUUAAAUGGAUAGUAAAAAUGCAAUUGUUUAUAAUAAAUAAGGAACUUUAAUCUGCA